UGUGUUACCAUUUCCAUGACAUGAGAACUGCAGACAUUUCAUUAUAUGGCAUAGUUAAGGUGGAAAGUUCUACAUGACACCAUCCUGGUUGGGAUCAAUGUCUCCUAGACCUGAGCACAUCCUCGGUGAGCGUCGAUUCUCCAGUCAGUCUCGAAGCUCCCAUGUGGGAGUAGACAGCGCCAUGGUGGUCACUCCAGUCCAGCAGAGACCACGCACCUCAGCCGUCAGGAAGAGACACAACUCUCUCCGACAGAUCUACGGUGCCCGGUGCGAGAUAACUCUGCUGGGAGAAGAAAGCUAUUACUCAUACACAACUCGUUCCAUAACUUCACCACGAUUCUUCUUGGGUUCAACCAACACAUCUUCUGGUCCGUAUUCUACUGACAUCCUAUAUGGGGGUGACAUAGAUAAGGGUGGCCAGGACCUCCGCCUGGGGCAUUCCAGUGUUGUGGACGGCGACAGAGUGAAAGAUGGUAAAAGAGACAGGGCAGAGUUCAGGGAGCAGAGGAAGAGCCUGUAUUCUAGAGAUUCUCUCUCAUCAUCCUUUGAAAAAGUGAGUUUGGAUAAGGAUGACCGGCCUAACCCCACCAUAUCCAGCCUGGCCAAAAUUAACCAGUUUAAACCUAAUGGUCUCAGGAAUAACCUAGUCUCCAAAGGGAGAGGUGGCCAGGAUGAGCUAGUUGCCAUGGGAACCCUCUGGAGCCCAAACGUCCAUCCCAAACCCUUGCGAACCUUGUCAGUGUGCACAAAUGGCAAUAGCACAACGUCAACCGCACCACGACGAGUCUCGUCAGUAUCUGUUCCCACUGGGGUGUACAGGCAAACACUUAAUGCGCCCAGUCAUCAGGUGGCCAGCAAAUCCUCUGCAAAUGGUCAGGAUCAAAAGUAUGGAGACCCGUUUGUAGGAGCACCUCCUCAGUACCAGCAGAGGCUGGCAGAGUUAUCCACACUAGAGGCUGACACAGUCAGAUAUGAAAGGACUCGAAAGUUAAAGAAAAAACAGCCUAAGCAGGACAGAGAUUCUUGAUUAUAGCUUAUUUGUACAGUGUAAGUUUGAAAUGUUAACUGUGCCAAUUACCAGUAUUCUGUGGACCAAUGUAAGAUGUUGGUGUAAGGAGAUGAACACGCAAUAGUUCGGAUGUGGAGGUGGAAAUAAGAGAAAUGAAGUGCUGUGUUCAGGUGGAAGGCUGUUUAAGGUGCUGAUGCAGAAAUUCUUUCCAUCAGAAAAAGGGAGAUGUUCCCCACCUCCUCCCAACCCUGCUCAACACAGAGUGAAGAAGAAGUUUGCAGUAAGUGCUAAACUGAAGGACAUGGCAUGUUUUGUUUUGUGAACCAGCAGAAGGGCUUUAAACACUACACUGAAACAACGAUAAUAGGGAUACAGAAGUUGUGACCAAGGUUGUCAAAUUCUGUAUACAGUGACUCUGCUGGCAUGGGAGUUACCAGUCAAAAAAAAGGAAAUCUUCCAAUGUUUUGAUGUGAGGCAAGAUAUUUGACUUGGGGAAUUCAAGUUUUUGGCAAAUUUUGAAGUCUGUGGCUGUAAGGUGUUACUGAACUCACUUAUUACAAGCAGAGCUAGUCUAUUUGUUCAAUAUGGUUGUUGAAAUUAAACACUUCCUAAGCUAAACACCUUUAAUAGACACCCUUGUGUUAUAGAACAUAGCUUUCAUCAAACAAAAUGUUCUUGAAAGCUUGAAAGAAAUAUGCUUGUCUUGUCAUUGAAUGAAAGGAAAUGAGAACAAGUUUGCACGUGUUAAAGAAGGUGACAAGCAGUGCAAUCUCUCUCUCUAUCAUCAUCCCAGCACCCCCUUCCCCCUAGAAUCUAACUUCACCAUGCUGUGGUGGGGGCAAGCUUAAACAAGACGUGGUAACAGGUGCCAUUACAGAGAAAUAACAGGGGCCUGAAAGUAUUACAGCUGUUUUGGGACUAAUUUGAAGGAUCAAAAAGAGCCAGCACAGGAGAACUCUGCUAUCAUGGUUGUGAUUUACCUUAAGAGACUUUCUGCAGGAGAAACGUGUUCACCUCUACUGUGUACAGCUAAACCAUGAGGUACAUGAGUCUACACCGUCACUGUACAGUGACAGAGAGUUAUUGCUUGUACAGCAUGUCAAACUGAUGCUGAAGAAUUUGCAUUUCUACAAGGGGGUCAAUGUUGCCAUGAGAUAACUGCAAUGUACACAUGAUCUGCGCAUACUUACACGUACAUGUGGUAUCAGUGAUGCUUGACUGAAAUUGUUC